AUGCAGUCUGAGAGCGAGGUAGAAGAAGAGGAAACCUCUGAGGAGAGCUCUGAGGAAGAAACCGAUUCUGAAGAGGAAGAGGAAAAUGUAGAGGAGGAAAAUGUCAGAGGUAUUUCCGAUAUGAGUUCCUACGAAGGUGAUGACAGUUUUGAAGAAAGUGAUUCUGGCGAUGAGUCCUCUUACGAAGAAGUUCAAGAAGGCAAGAGGGGAUUCUUAUCCAAGAAUAGAUCUGGUGGUCGUAGGAAAUCAUUCAGUACCACCAAGCCAACCACUUUCAAGCCUACAAUGGGUCUAUUUAAUAAAAAGGAACAAGGUAAGAAGGGAAAGAAACCGUUGGCUACUACUACCGCACCUGAAAAAUCUAGGAGUGUAAAGGGUAUGUUUAGCAAGAAGCCUGCUAAGAAACAAGUCUUACAUCAAAAACCUGUUGUUGGUAAGAAAUUAUCUAAGGCUAUGCAACCAGGUAAUCAAAAGAAUCCAUUCGGUGUCAAAAAAUCACCAGAAGUUUCUAAAGUUGACCUUAAGGGUAAAGGGAAAGGGAAAGAUAAAUUAUUGUCAAAGAAAAAAAGUAAGACUAGUGUGAAUGAUUUGUCUACCCCAAAGACCCCUAAGACAAAGAAAUCCUUAAAUAAAUUUGUUGGAUUGACCACAGUAGGUGAAAAAGAUGUAGAAAUUAAACCUUUGACAAACAAUAUGCCAAAUGGAACUAAUGAUAAAUUACAAGGUCCUACCAAGGGUGGUGAACCAUCUGCCAACAACGAUAACAACUUAGUCGAACAACCACAAUCUAACUUAAACGACGCCUCGACUAAAAAUGAUGUUGUUGAACCUAGAAAGACAUUAAAUCCAAAUACUGUUGCUAACCAAACCGAUAAGAAAUUACCUCAAGGAAGAUUUAUUUCUGCUAACGAUUUUGCAAGUUCUUCGACUGUUGAUAUUCCAGGUGGGUUACCUGAAUUUACUCAACCACAAAUUAUUGGGUACUAUUUAUUCAGCAACCCAUCGACGCCAGUGAAAGAGGACUCUCCGAUCGAGGCUCUUCAAAACUCUAAAGAGAGUACGGUUACCAUGGAUGGUGACAAUUUAACAGUUUCCACCACUGAAGGAGUAAAUUAUUCCUUUAAGACUAAACCAUUUUAUUCUAAUGAACUAAGUAAUAAUACAAGCGAGAGUCCACUUGGGAAGAGCGCUACCACUUACAGUUCUGAAUCGAACAAUAUAGUCAAAAAUAUUAUCACUGAUAGUAGCAGUAACAGCUCUCCAUUGAUGACAAAUUCAAAUGAGAUGAAAUAUGCCGCUCAAUUCCAACCAACAGUAGCACCAAGUACUGGUGGUCAAUCAUUGACACUCAAUACAACCCAACCUAUUCAAAAUACUACUGAUGUCGUCAAUCCACCAAUGAGUAAGUUCAUUUCGCAACCAGUUAACGAUGGAUUUACCACACCUAGAACACCAACAACACCAUCCACGCCAAAACCACUUCAAAAUUCAAGCUCAGUAUCUUUCCCUGCUUCUCGUAUAUCAUCUAAUUCUAAGCCUUUAGUCUCUUCGACAGAAGAUAAAAUUGCUGCUAUGAAGGCUAGAGGUGUUAAAAGAUUACCAAGAGAAGCCAGUGGUGCCUUCAGUAAGAGAUCUGAGAAAGACCCUACUGUACCAAGAAGCUAUAAAGUAAAAAUGGGUGGUAUGUUUGGUGGACGUUCUGCUAAGCCUGUAAAAGAUAAGAAAGCUUUAAAGGAGAAGGAGAAGAGAAGAAGCAAAAUUAAAGAUAGUAUUAUUACAUCAUUUAGUUGA